AUGGCGGGGGUUGGAAAGACAACUCUCGCUAAGAAAGUGUUUGAUGAUCCAUUGAUUCAGAGCCAUUUUGAGUAUCGAGCAUGGGUCAAAGUGGGCAGAAAGUGUGAGACUUCUGUCGCGUUAGCAUGCAUUCUAGCUCACGUGGAUCGCAACACUAGCGAACAAAUAUACUUCGAUGAAGACUAUGAUUGGGACAAGGAAUUUGAUGUACAUUUCAAAGACAUAUUGAAGGAUAAGAAAUGUCUCAUUGUGUUAGAUGAUGUGUGGAACUGGGACACACGAUUAAUGGAUAUCUUGCCGCAAGAGAACGUCCGAAUCUUGUUUACAAGCCGGCAAAGAUUCAAAGGAUAUCCAUAUGGAUAUCCUUAUAUAAAAGUGUGCUUGUUGUAUUUUGAAGAAAGCAAGAAAUUACUCGGUGAGAAGCUGUUUGGUGAAAAGGGCUUCCCUCCUCACCUUGAGGAAUUGGGAGAGAAGAUUGCCUAUAAAUGUGAAGGUCUUCCACUUAUGAUAGUCACAGUUGCAGAGCUCCUAUUGAAAGAAGAAAAAACCCAUAAAUACUGGACUGGGGUUGCUGAAAAACAAAAUUGUGAGGUCUUCGUGAAUGCAUAUAAUAAAAUAUAUGAGGUACUUUUCUCAAGCUAUAACUACUUACCUGGAUAUUUGAAAAUGUACUUUCUCUAUUUUGGAGCUUACCCUCCAUAUAGAGAUAUGAAAGAAACCACUCUCUUCACCCUGUAUAGAGCUGAGGGGUUUCUUGAAAUGGGUGAAAAACAAGAAUUUGAAUAUUUCCAGAACUACUCGGUUGAGCUGGGUGAACGGUACAAUCUAAUUUUACAUGAAUCAGAGCCGCUAUCUUGGUUUUCAUUGAGUGUGUUUCGCGUGCAUUCUUGUUGGCAGCAUGUCAGUAAGAAAGAAGCUAGUAAGAUCAAAUUUUUACAUGUUUUACAAAGUUGCGAUGAAACAAUGAAAGACCAAAGAAGGUUGUGUGCCCAUUCCAAUACUUUGUUUGCCUUCAAAGAAGUGUAUGAUUCAAUAAAAGAAGAUUGUGCAUCCAUUGUCCGUUCUCUCCUUUGUUUGGGUCCUUCCCACCAAUAUCCAGUGCCAAUACAUGCCAUGGAUUUUAAGUUGCUCAAGGUAUUGGAUGCUCUACAGCUCCGAUUUUAUCAUUUCCCACUUGAAAUCUUGAAACUAGUUUGCUUGAAGUACCUUGCCUUAACUUGCAACGAAGAACUCCCUCCUUCCAUAUCUAAUCUUUUCCACCUUCAAACCUUGGUUAUCCAUCCACAUAUGGACAUUAGAAAGCGGGGAUCCCAAUUAUAUUUGCUGGAUGAAAUAUGGGACAUGCAAGAACUACAACUUAUUGAGGUACAUGGAAGAGACCUACCAACCCCUAAUUCUGAUGCUACUCUGGAUAAACUCUUAUAUCUUAAUGGUGUGAGUGCCAAGAGUUGCACUAGAGAGAUUCUCAAAAGGAUCCCUAAUUUAAAUCAACUUAUGAUUGUGAUGGAGUUGAAGCCUUAUGAUGAUGGCGAUGACAUCAAUCCAUUGUGUGGCUUGGGUUAUAUAUCAGAAGAACUCCAAAAUUUGGAUAAAUUAGUAUAUGGUGUAAAAAACCCUGAGAUGAAGCAUGAGUGUAUGGUACCUCUUUUAAUGUUUCCAUCAACUCUAACAUUGUUGGCAUUGAAUGGCUUAGGGUGUCCAUGGAACCACAUGAAUAACAUUGGUUCGCUGCUACCAAAUCUUACGGAACUUGUGUUGCAUGAAUAUGCCUUUCGAGGCCCAGAGUGGGAUAUAGAAUCGGGGAGUUUUUCUAAACUUGAGAGACUUGUAAUUGAAGACGCUGACUUAGUGCGAUGGAGGCCACAACAUGGAAGCCUCCCAAAGCUUCACCUCCUAAGCAUACGUCAUUGCUACAGAUUACAACAACUCGAAUGGACGCCUGAUCCUUCAAUGGUCACAAAAUGUAAAAUUGAAUUAGUUGAUUGCAAUCACUUAGCGGUCACUUCUGCCAAGCAGUUAAGACCUGAAUCUCACUACAAAAAUCUGGCGAUUUAG